AAAAAAAAAAAGACGUUGCUGAGCAAAAGUAGAUCGACCCCAUUUUUUGUUUCCUGGAUCCACCGAACCUCUCUUUCACUUUGUAAACCAAACAUAUCUUAAUGAUUUGAAAUCUGAAAUUCACGCGCAUUUCUAUCAGGUAUUUAUUGUAAAAAAAAGAAGGAUGGCUUGGUUUAGCGGGAAGGUGUCCUUAGGGGGCUUUCCUGAUCUUGCCGGGGCAGUCAAUAAAUUCCAGGAGAGCGUGAAGAAUAUUGAGAAGAAUUUUGAUACUGCUCUCGGUUUCGAAGAGAAGUCUGAAUCAAGCAGCAAUGAAGUUUCAGGAUUGUGGUCUUCAGACAGAAAAGCACUCUUUGAUCCAGUUAUGGCCUUUAUGGGUCAUAAAAGUGAGGAGGGUGCCGUUGAAUCAUUAGGAAAACUUGAACCUUCUUGGACUCCACCCAAACUUGAGGAAAAAGAAGGGGUUGAAACUGACGAGUCUGUUCAUUCUCUUGAGAAAGCCACUGUUGAAGAAGAUAAACAAAAUGUCAAGUUAGAAAAAGAUAAUGAACAUUCAGAGGCUGUGGAGAGAGGGAAUACUGUGAUUUUAGACCCUGGUAAAGCUGAAUCUGAAUCAGAGCCAGUUUCUGCAGAGCCUUCCGAAUAUACAUUUCAGAAUGUUGAGUCGUCAGAUUCUCCUGACAAUGAACAACAGAACGAAAGCUCAGAAGUGGUACUUUCUGAAGAUUCUGACUCCAAGGAAGCCAAAUUAGAUGCUGCCGAAGUAGACCAAGUUGAGGAUGCUGACCCUGUACCACCAGUGUCAAGUGAUACUGUAGACGUUCAUGAAACUAAAUAUGAACAAAAGACACAACCAGAAGAAAUUUUAGAGAAAGGUUCUCCAGUUAAAUUUGAAGAAUCAAGUGAUAGCCAAGCUGGUAUUGGUGGACCUGAUGAGCAAGUGCCCUUGAGUUCAUAUUCUAUCAGUGUUGAGGAGACUAACAGUGCCCUGGAAUUUUCAUUGCCCACUGUGCUUCCUUCAGAUGAGGCUCAAGGGACAGUUUCUGAAUCAGUUUUUCUUGAAAAUGAUGCAAAUACUAAAAAGGAAGUGGAUCGGCAGUCUAAUGAUAGUGAGACAGAUGCUAAAGAAGAGCAAUGCUUGAGUUCUGCAACUACCAUGUCUGACUCAGCAGAUUCUAUGCAUGAAUUGGAGAAGGUGAAGAUGGAAAUGAAAAUGAUGGAAUCUGCAUUGCAAGGUGCUGCAAGGCAAGCUCAGGCAAAAGCUGAUGAAAUUGCAAAGCUGAUGAACGAAAAUGAGCAACUUAAAGCUGUAAUUGAGGAUUUGAAGAGAAAAUCCAAUGAAGCAGAAGUUGAGUCUUUGCGAGAGGAAUACCAUCAAAGGGUUUCAACUCUUGAAAGGAAGGUUUAUGCUCUAACUAGGGAAAGGGAUACACUUCGAAGAGAGCAGAGUAAAAAAAGUGAUGCUGCUGCUCUUUUGAAGGAAAAAGAUGAAAUAAUUAAUCAAGUGAUGGCUGAAGGUGAAGAGCUUUCGAAGAAGCAGGCUGCUCAAGAAGCCCAGAUUAGGAAAUUAAGGGCUCAGAUUAGAGAGCUCGAAGAGGAGAAGAAAGGCUUGACUACAAAGCUUCAGGUUGAAGAGAACAAGGUAGAAAGCAUAAAGAAGGAUAAAACAGCCACAGAGAAGUUGCUACAAGAAACAAUUGAAAAAUACCAAGCAGAACUUGCAUCUCAGAAAGACUUUUAUACAAAUGCUCUAAAUGCAGCAAAGCAGGCUGAAGCACUAGCAGAAGCACGUGCCAACAAUGAAGCCAGAACAGAACUAGAAAAUCGUUUAAGGGAGGCUGAAGAACGUGAAGCCCUGCUAGUACAGACCCUUGAAGAAUUAAGGCAAACCUUAAGCAGAAAGGAGCAGCAGGCAGUAUUUAGGGAAGAUGUGCUUCGCCGGGACAUUGAAGAUCUUCAAAAACGUUAUCAAGCAAGUGAGCGUCGGUGUGAGGAGUUGAUUACACAAGUGCCUGAGUCUACAAGACCUCUUUUAAGGCAGAUUGAAGCCAUGCAGGAAACAACUUCCAGAAGAGCAGAAGCUUGGGCUGCUGUGGAGAGAUCUCUAAACUCUCGUCUACAGGAAGCAGAGGUGAAAGCUGCAGCUGCUGAAGAGAGAGAGAGAUCUGUGAAUGAACGCUUAUCUCAAACCUUGUCGCGAAUCAAUGUUCUUGAAGCUCAGAUUUCAUGUCUUAGAGCAGAACAAACACAGCUAAGCAGGUCCCUUGAGAAAGAGAGACAGAGAGCUGCUGAAAAUAGACAGGAAUACCUUGCAGCAAAGGAGGAAGCUGAUACUCACGAAGGUCGGGCAAACCAGCUUGAGGAAGAAAUUAGGGAACUAAGACGGAAACAUAAGCAAGAGUUACAAGAUGCUCUUGUGCACCGAGAAUUUCUAGAGCAGGAAGUACAAAGGGAGAAAGCUGCUCGGUUAGACUUGGAAAGGACAGCACAUGUGCAUUCUAUGCCUGUGUCUGAGCAAGGUCCAGUAGCAAGGCAUAAUUCUGGUUUGGAGAAUGGAAGCUUGUCCUGGAAACUUUCUACUGCUAGCAGCAUAGGAAGCAUGGAGGAAAGCUAUUUUCUGCAAGCUUCUUUGGACUCAUCUGAUGGUUUCUUUGAAAAGAGAAAUAUUGGAGAGGCAACAUUAAGUCCACUCUACAUGAAGAGCAUGACACCUAGUGCUUUUGAAUCUGCCCUUCGUCAAAAGGAGGGUGAACUUGCAUCCUACAUGUCUCGUUUGGCUUCGAUGGAGUCUAUUCGGGACUCUUUAGCUGAGGAGUUAGUCAAAAUGACUGCACAGUGUGAAAAGUUGAAGGCAGAGGCUGCCAUGCUGCCUGGAAUCCGGGCAGAGCUAGAAGCUUUGAGGCGGAGACACUCUGCUGCUCUGGAGCUAAUGGGUGAACGUGAUGAGGAGCUGGAGGAACUCCGUGCUGAUAUUGUAGACUUGAAGGAGAUGUACAGAGAGCAAGUUAACUUGCUUGUGAAUAAGAUCCAAAUAAUGAGUUCUACAGUGGGUAAUACCUCGUAAGCAAAAUUCUUUUUUUUUGUGGUAAUUCCGAGACAUGAUGUGCAUGGUAUACUUAUAGUAGAUCUAGCUAAUGCAAUGCUUAUUCAAAGAAUUUUUGUUCUUAUACUCACUAGUUCAAGGUUGUUGUUUAUGCAAGCGUUUUAUCCAUGAGAGAUUCAGGAAGCAUCCCCUUGUCAAACUCAGAUGUAUUCUACUUUGUUGUAUAGAACAUAUCUUAUUGUGAAAAUUUUGUUUCCUAGCCAACUUGAAAAUUGAUUCUUUUGCCUCAUAUUUUAUAUGUACUAUAGUAUAUUUUUGUAAUAAAGAUAUAUUAUUUUUUUCCCCAUGAAAUGAUUAUCUUUUAUAAGAUGACGGUGCAAAAAAUAGGAAAUGUUAUAAGUUGAGGCAAGUGUAUUUGAAUUAGGAUUGAAGAAUAGUAGUGUUUUUCAAGAGAAUAGCUUAAGACAAUUAAUCAUCUUUUUCUUUGUAUUUGUGUUUUGCAAACUACAAACAGCCAUAAAUCAUAAGCUGAAGUAGGGGUGUAAUUGAUCGAAUUCGAAUCAAUACAGUAUUAAGCUCAAGUUCGAUUCGAAAUUUAAGAGUUGAUAUUUAGUUAAAAUUUGAUUGAGUUUUAUUUUUUUAGUUCAAGUUCGAUUCG